AUCAGCAGUGUGCCGGGCUUGAGACCGGCGUAUACAGUGGUCUUAAGUAAUCCGUCAUUAAAAAUCGAUCGCCGCCGGCUGCAAUGCGCCAACCGUUCUGCUGAUCCCCGACCCGGGAAAACACAGACUGUGCACUUCCGCCACUUAGUGCAAGCACACUCGUUACAUGCCAUCCGCUCUAUAAUCUGCCGUGUGUUUGUCUUUAAAUCAUAAUAAUAAUAACAGUAAUAAGACUAAUUAUUAAGCGGUUUGUUGUACUUCUUAUAUCAACGGAAUUUGCGUGCACCACUUCGAAAGAUCGCGGCAAUCUCUCUAUUUCCGCUGUUGUAAUUGCAACGAGCCAAGCGAAUAAGCCCGUAUCAACGGACUUUGCGUCCCCCUUUUUCGGAACCACCGUGUAAAACGGACAACUGCAGUACAAUAAUUCUGCUAUAUGCGGAAUUUGCGUAUACCACUUCGAAUCAUCGCGUCCUUAAUUUUUUCCCUGGCAUCAUCUGCAACGAGCGAAACGAAUACAUACCUCCCAGUGUUAUAGUUGGCCAGUUUGUUGCACUUCCGGUAACCACAGAAUUUCCGUAUAUCAAUUCGGAGGAUCGCGUCGUUAUCAGCAUCACGCCGAUAUAAUUAGCGCCGAGCGAAGCGAAUAGGAAAUUAGUUAAGUCAAGCCGCAACGCGAUGGAGGACAUCUUCGGGAACAUGACCCGCACCCAGCAGGAGCGGCAGGAGAGCUUCUUCGCCGUGUACAACGCCACCACCCGCAUCCUGACCGGGUGCGUCGCGCUGGCCGUGCUCCUCAACGCCGGCUUCCUGGCGCUGGUCCUCCACGCUACCCGCAUCCACGGCCCGACCACCAUCCGCAGCAACGCCCGGCUGCGCAUGAUGCUGCUCAACCUGGUGGCGGCGGAUCUGUUCAUCUGUUUCUUCACGCUGGUCCUGGAGUUGGGAUGGCGGAUGGCGAUCCGGUGGCGUGCCGGCGAAGUGGCCUGCCGCAUCCUGAAUCUGACCAAGACGAUGGGACUGUACGCCGAGUCGUACGUGGUGCUGGCCAUGUGUGUCGAUCAUUACUAUUCGGUGCGCCGGCCCAUUCCCAGUAAGGAGCGGUAUGAGCGGGCCAAGACGCUGGUGGCGCUCGGGUGGAUGGCGGCGUUUGUCUUCAGUGUACCGCAGGCGAUCGUCUACCAUGUGGAGUACAUGGACCCGGACUACACCCAGUGCGUCCACUCCGGCUCUUUCAUCAGUCUGAACGCCGAGCACACCUAUAUCGCCUUCGGCCUAAUCGCUGUCUACGUCCUGCCGCUGUCCAUCAUGCUGCCGCUGACCGGGCUACUGCUGCACAAAGCCUGUCGGGCCAAACCCAAACCGCCCCGUCCCCACCGCCUGACCCGCGUCUCCAUCUCCAUCAACGUCAUCAACGAGGCCGGGGAGGAUCAGGAGAUGGAGUUGGACGGGGACGAUGACUGGAGCGAGUACGAGAUCGGGUCGCGCUACUCACUCAAGACGCUCUCCUCUGAACAAGGUGAUACGCCGGCGACACCGGCCCGGGACCGUCUCAACACCGGCCUGCAGCUGCGCCACACGGACACCAGCAUCCGACGGGAAGCCCGCUACCGCGUCAUCAAACUGGCACUGGUGGUCCUGCUGUCCUUCAUCACCAGCCACACCCCCUACGUCGUCCUCGUCACGCAGCUGGCCGUGGCGGAGAACAACCCCAGCAAGGACGACGUGGUCCUGCAGAUCAGCGACAGUCUGAUGAUCGUCUCGCUGGGACUCAGUGCGCUACUCAACCCCAUCUUCUACGGAGUGUACCUGCGCACACUGUCCGUUAAGACGGUUGUGUAAGCGGCGUGUUUACUCCGCUGGUAAAUCACAGCGCGAUUGUAUCGGUUGGGUUUUGUGGGAUUUCUUUGGCCGUGCCAGCGGCGCGGUCAUUUGUGAAAUGGCUGGGGAUUAUAAUAACGGAAUAAUACGGAUUAAUGUCUUUCUUAAUAAUCUCGUUCAGUGAAAGUGAAUAGCUUCGACUGAAUGCGCGCUGUUUCCCGAAAUAUUUUUUAAUUAUUCGCGGAUUAUUUUUCUGUUGUCUGCCAUGACAAACAUUCUGAUUAAGGCUAUACUUCUUUGAAGUAUGGAAAAAUAAAGAUUAGUGUU